CUAUCAAGGACUCCUCAGCUUCAACUCAACAGAAUUUUCUGGAAGAAGAGUCAGAGAAACUGGGACUGAGGAUGUCAGCUGUGGGGGCAAACUCUUUCGGAGUAACAAAUUAUGUGGUGUUUGCUCUCAUGUUGGGGGUGUCUGCCUGCAUUGGGGUGUACUUUGCCUGGGUGGACAGGAGGAAGAACAGUUCAGGAGACUUUCUGACUGCGGGUCGUACACUGACAGCCUUGCCCGUGUCCAUGUCUCUGACUGCCAGCGCCAUGUCAGCUAUAACAGUGCUGUCUAACCCUGCAGAGGUAUAUCGCUAUGGAGCCAUUUUUGGACUGUUUUGCAUCGCCUAUUUUCUGGCAGCAAUCAUAACGUCUGAGAUUUUCCUCCCCGUCUUAUACAGGCUGGGAUUUACUAGCACUUAUGAGUAUUUGGAACUCCGUUUCAAUAAAACCAUCCGUCUGCUAGGAACUGUAAUCUUCUUGUUUCAAAGUGUUCUGGUUGGUGGAAUUUCUGUUUAUGGACCAGCUUUAGCAUUAAACAAAGCCUGGAUUGAUAACAAGAAAGCCUAUGACUCAAUGCCACACACCUGGAUCGCUGAAUGCUUGGAGAUGUACAACAUCAAAGGGACUCUAAGAGGAAACUCAAUGAAGUUGUGGAAAACCACCCUUGAAACCAAUGGCAAGCCACUUGCACAAGUGUCCAUCAAAUGUGACAUAUACCAAGAUGAUGCUCUGUCUCCACUGCUCUUCUGCAGAGGUCUGAACCCCCUCAUCCAAAUAAUCAAUAAGACUGGCUAUGGAUACCAACUCAGAAAUGGGGCCACCAUCAGUCACCUCUUCUACAUGGAUGACAAAGCUAUACGCUAA